AAUUCAGCGCGUUUUCCAGCAGAGCUUAUUGUGAGAUCACAGGUCGAGAGGAUGACAGCUCGAGUGUACUGCUCGUUGAGUGUCGUUUUAUUGUGCCUGUCUGCAUGCUUGUGCACAACACAAGUCGCAGAGUCCGGUCAGUGUCCGGUGAUGCUGACAGUCGUGCCAUCCAGUCGAGGAUGUACUUCUGAUAGAGACUGCUCUGGAGGACAUAAAUGCUGUCAAUUUCCCUGUGGGCCCGCAUGUGUGCCACCUGUUUUCAUGAAGCCUGCGGCCAAGCCGCCAAAGCCUCCAGUGAAGCCUGCGGCCGAGCCGCCAAAGCCUGCAGUGAAGCCUGCGGCCAAGCCGCCAAAGCCUCCAGUGAAGCCUGCGGCCGAGCCGCCAAAGCCUGCAGUGAAGCCUGCGGCCAAGCCGCCAAAGCCUCCAGUGAAGCCUGCCUCCGAACCUCCAAAACCUGCAGCCGAACUGCCAAGGCACCCUGAGUGUGCCGGAAACCUUGGUCACGGCCACGGCUGCCACGAUCACCACGAAGGCCACGACGGUCACGAUCACCACGACGGUCACGAUCACCACGAAGGCCACGAAGAAGCCCCGCCCCCUCCCCCGCUGACCGUUAGUCAGUCCGUGACCGAGGAGUCAGAGUUCCGCGAGUAA